ACUUCUCAGUCCAUCAGAAACGUCGGAUCGCGCGGGAUCGAGGAUCGCGGGCGUUCUUCCUGAUUCGCAACACCACGGAACCGGCUCGUCGUCCUUCGGCUAGGAUCCAGCCGAAACCCUCGUGCGGCCCUGAUUCCCGAGGAAAUCGUUUCGUGGCGAGAGGACCUCGUUCGUCGUGUCGGGGAUCGCGGAGGAACGAAGACACCGAUCGAUCGACAACCCCCCUUGGAAAGAUCGUCGCGGCGUGGACGCUUCCGUUGCCGGUGGAGGAUGCUGACGUGACGCGGAUUGUUAAUGCUGAUUCUUUCCUUUUCUUGUUUGCGAGACGAUUUACGUUGACUAUCCAAUGAACGCCAGCGGCACACCUUCCCUCGACAGGAUGUCCAACAUCUACAACAACUCAGUGGUGCGGUUCUACCACUAUGUCUUCCACGACCUCUCCGAUCCAAGGACGAAGGACUGGUUCCUGAUAGCCUCGCCUGUUCCCGGACUCAGCCUGUUGAUCGGUUACCUGUACUUCUGCUUGUCAUGGGGCCCGAAGCAAAUGGAGCACAGGAAACCGUACCAGUUAAGGAACAUCCUCGUCGUUUACAACUUCCUGCAGGUGCUCCUUAGCUUUUGGCUGUUCUACGAGGGUCUGGACGGCGCAUGGCUGAGAAAGUACAGCUGGAAGUGUCAGCCUGUCGACUUCUCUAACACGCCGGAAGCUAUGAGGGUCGCGAGAGGCGUGUACAUUUACUUCCUGGCGAAGAUCUCCGAGCUGCUGGACACGGUCUUCUUCGUUCUCCGGAAGAAGGACAGCCAGAUCACGUUCCUCCACUUGUACCAUCACACCGUGAUGCCCAUGGUGUCGUGGGGCACCACCAAAUAUUAUCCAGGAGGACACGGCACGUUCAUAGGUGUCAUCAAUAGUUUCGUGCACAUCAUCAUGUACACGUACUAUCUGCUGGCAGCCCUGCUGCCUCAAUACCAGAAGUACCUGUGGUGGAAGAAGUACAUUACGACCCUUCAGAUGGGUCAAUUUUGCCUCGCGUUCCUGCACAGCUGUCAGUUGCUCAUCUACGACUGCGAUUACCCGAAGUGGUCGUUGGUCCUGAUCCUGCCGAACGCGAUCUUCUUCUACUUCCUGUUCGCCGACUUCUACAAUCAGGCCUACCAACCGGACAGCAAGGACUCCAGACCGACGGAGCGCAAGGAGGUCGGCGUCGCGAAGAAGACCGAGAACGGACACCUGCAGAACGGGAAAGGGAAAUCGGACUAACGCGGGACGCAGGAAAGAUCCUAGGAGCCAACUAGCCGUCCUAGGAGAACCGGCCAGGAUGUACCAUGGUUAGUCUCGUUCGAUUUCUCAAGCCUUCGUCCACGAUACCGACGUCCAGUGAUAAAGGAAAGCAGAUUGCGAGUGCGCCUUUCGGCUGUCCCGCGUCCAAGAGUCACGGUUCGCUCCCAGUCAUCUUCAUUUGUCGUCCAUACUCAGGAAAAUAGGGCAGACGAGAUCGCAGGUUCACGGAGAUGAGAAGAGGUCAUGCGUCGAUUAGACUCUUAGUUUCUUAAGACCGUAGAUUCCUAGUGAAAGAGAGAAGGUAUCCCGACAAACUGAUGAAAUGAAAAAUUCCCCGGAAACGAAGACGAAACCGAUCAGCGUGCGAAUCUCAUCAAAAUACCUUUUAGAACACACUUGAUGAACAACCAUUUUAUAACGUGCACGCGUCGAGACGUUUAUCCAGGCCUAUUGAUUCCUCUAGGAGUCCGAGAUCGGUGUAGAUAGAUCAGAAACGAAGACGAAACCGAUCAGCGUGCGAAUCCCAUAAAAAUACCAUUUAUAGUACAAUGAGUGAACAAGCAUUUUAUAACGUGCACACGUCGAAACAUUUAUUCAGGCCUAUCGAUUCCUCCAGGAGUUCGAGAUCGGUGUAGAUAGAUCAGCUGGCCCCAGGAAACUUGUAAGCGAUUACGAAUCUAGAGUAAGGCGAAUGGAUCCAGGAUGUUAUUAUCUCCUUGCCUUGUAACGACGAUUGAUACUCAUGAAAACGUUCAGAUCUGUUUAACCGAGCUCAGUAUUCCUCAUGUUCUCAGUAUUCAGUGCAGGUGGAUCGAAGAAUCUUAUAUUAGUAGUUUUGAUGCUUUCACGGCCUGGAUUUUUCGAAUAAUUUUCGAUACUCAACGCUUUCACGGUAUCAACAAUCGCAAAGGGAAUAAAAAUAACGUUAAUAGCGUUAAUUCCCGCAGCACUGUUUUCAAGUUUCAUCCAUCCUGUAAAGUAGAGAAACGAAGACCAGAUACAUUGUAAUUGCAAGUGAAUGCAAUUUGCAUGAACAAAUGCAUUCAGCCUUUUAGAGGCGCCUCUGGAGUGCAAAGGGUUAAUAUUAAACUUUGCAUAAUGCCACGAUACGUGAAGCAUUGGAAUAAAACAGCUUCGUUCCUCAAUGUACUGGUGAUUUCGAAUCAGUCUCAAAGAACAUCGUCUUCGCCUCGUAAAGAAAUGCUAAAUAUUUCUAGUAAGAAACAUCCGAGUGCAAAGGGUUAAUCUUGGAAGGUAACUUCUCAUUUCUCGCCUGUGUUCAUUGUAGUUUCAUCGAGUUCUCGUCGAUCCUUCGAUCGAUAUCUUUUUUGCCAGCAGUAUUCCGAAGGCAAAAUUGGGGACGGGCUUUGGAAGAUCGAACGCGAUUUCCUUGAUGAUCGACACGCGCGAGUGAUAUUAAAUUUGGAGCCGUCGCCGGUAGCUUGCAUUCGCAUUUCCGCGUGUAUUUUAAUUUCGCGCAUGGACCAGCGAACCAUGUAAUGUAAAUAGCGGCAGAUCGUUUCGUCGCAGACGAAUCGUCUCUUCGCGAGAGUCGGAUGGAUCCACCGAAGACGCUGGAUUCGUUGAUCGAAGCUGGCCGAACACACGAUCAGACAAUAGCGUCGUUUUGUAUCAUAUCAAGCAUGUAUAACAUUACUCGAGUACGAUGCAAUUGUUGUUUGUCCGUGCUUCAAUUAACGGAACCGAGAGAGAGUUGCUGUCAAGUUAACACUAGGUUUACGGAACGCGUCAAUUUGACGCAUAUCAAAUGUUGCAAAUAUUAUUUAGUAAAUGCUUAUGUCGAUUUUUAUUGAUGCAGUUAGUCAAAUGUGUAUUUUAAUUGUAUAACCUUCAAACCUUUCAGUUCGAAAAUGGAAAUUAAUGAAUAUGAAGUUUUCUAAGACCAGUAAAAUAACCUUUAUAAUAAAUGUCCGUGAACCUAGUGUUAACCCUUUGCACUCGGAAGGCUCCCAGUCGCCAAAUGAUUUGAUGGAGCAACAUUCUAAAUUUUGGUGUUUACCACAAUACGUGAAACAUUUCAAGAAAAUAGCUUUAGUUCCCUAAUUCAUAUAUGAUUUCUUAAUAAAUCUAAUUAGAACGUAUUGCAUAUUACAAUUGAGAAUCUCUCGAGUGCAAAGGGUUAAACUGUUAUAUCCUCUUGAAUUUGGUAACCGAAUGUCGUCAUUGGAAAGUUUAAGUCUUCUUCGAGUAGAACUAAACAUAACAAACGAAUACCUAAUAAACCAUAAUUGUAUAAAAAUCUCCGGUGCAUUCAUUUGUAACCAUCCUGAUGUCUUCAAAGGAACUGUCAAUAGUUACCUUCAUAUCUUAACAAUAGAACUACCGAGCAUUUAAUACGAUUGAUAUGUAAUCUGUAUAAAAAUUGUAACAAUAGAUUAUUUUCAGUUUCUUUGGAGAUUCAUCAUAGUACUGUAGUGAAUCUAUUUAUUUUCAAAAUCAUUCCGAAUAUUCAAUGCUUCUAAGAUAUCAAUAAUUAAACAAAAAAAUCCAAACCAGUCAUUUUGACUGGUAGUUCUAGUGUCAAAAGAAAAUCAGAGCAACUGUGAGUUAAUAACUCAUUCUCAGGAUAUAGAUCCUAGAAGUUUCCUGUAGAAGGAAAAGGGAGGAACAGUAAAUUCGUAUCGUAUAAUAAAUGUAUUCACACUCCUCAACCGUAUUUCACUAAUUACAACUAUAUUACUCGCUUCCACGUGUCACGAUUAACAGCUGUUUCGCUCGCAUCGCGUCGAUCGCGACAGAUGUAUUAAAUACAGAGAACGGGGAGAUCCAUCGAUUCGCUCGAAAAGUGGUACGGACGCGUCUCAAAUAUUAUCAAUCUAUAAAUACACCAGUUUCCAAACGAAUCGACGGGAUCGCUCGAAUUCGAUAUUAUUCGACACAGCCCGAGUCGACUAUCCUAUUCACCGUACCAUGAAACGUACAAAAAUAUUCUCUGCCCCUCAUACUAAUUAACAAAACUCGAUUGUUCGUUCCGUGUACUAAGUGAUCGGCUCGGGUUGUGUUCAGAAGUCACACAGACGCUGUACAGACGCUCCCAAUUAAAAAGAGGGUCGUAGUGUCCUAAGGCAUAAAUGAUUCCACAUAGAAAGUCACCGUUAAAAUUCAAAUUAAAAACCGUACAAAAGGCCUCGUUAGUAUCGCUAGACUCAUCAGCUAAACCAGAAAGUAGGUCCCCUGAAAAAUAGCCUCGAAAAUGUCACAGUAGUUAUCUUUCAUCAUAAUCCCUGUUUCCAUCGAUCUUCGAUCUCCAAUAAAUUCUCAUUCGCUCAGAAACACACCAAGAUCCCCAAUAGGAAAGGAUGUAAAAUUAAGUUAUCGAAUCGCUGAAAUUAUUACAUUAUUCAAAUGCAACGAUUAAAGUCAACAAACUCUACAUCAGUUCCAAGUGAGUAGAGACACACGCGAAGGAUUCGGAGAGUAUUCGAGCUAAUCGGCGAAUUAGCAUACUAGAACGUGUCGAGCAGAUCUCGAUAGAAGAGAAAAAUGGCUCCACGGAACAGGUUGCGAGAUAACGAACCAGAGUCGACGCGUCGCGUGAAUCGUCCGCCGAAUAAAAAGCAGUUACCGUUCGUUCGGCAGCGCGUGGCAGCGCAACGGAGCAACGGUCCUCGUAUUUCGGGUCACAGCCGACUCGGACCGAAAACGGGAAGCCCCCGGCGAUGUGGAUUCGGUUUCGGUUCCUCUCCGUCCGCCGUGCAUUCCCAGCCGGAGACACGGAUACAUAAUCGGCACCUCUUUGAACAACGGGCCUCCGACGGUCCCAUUGGCCUACAUCGCGGAAACGCCCGUCACUGCUCCAGAUUUCCGCCGCUUCACGGUAACCCUUUGCACUCGGCAGGUGAAUCGUCGCUAGAUUCGAUGGGAAUUAUUAACAACAUUAAUCUGUACACCGAUACAAACAUUGAUAUGAAAUAAUUUAGACUUCGAAUAAUCUAUUGUUAGUAAAUCAAGAGACUUUGAAAUUUGUUUUCUCAGUUUCAAGAAUAUGGUAGAUUAUUGGAAUAUUUGGAAUGUUUCCAGAAACUUUCUAAUGCAAAGGGUUCACACACGGGAAUAAUGUUCUAUUAAUAGAAUAUAAUUUAGUAUCACACUUCUGACGUUGCAGUAUGUUCCCAAGUAAUUCGUAAGGAAUCAUCGAUGAUCAUUGCGCGAUCGACGCGUCAGAUUUGUUAAUAAAUGGUUCGAAAAGGCGAAUAACACGAGCUCGAUUUGUAAAAUAAUCCUCUUCCUGUUCUCGCGUUCGAAUUUCGGCCAAUCGCGCUGCUCGACGUAGUACGGUUCCAUUCAUGCCUUUCCUUGUUCCUUCGAUUUUCGAUCUUCCGUUCUCUCUAAGCUGUCGUUCGAUCGUUUAGCUAUCGGAACAAGGUCGAUGCUUGUCCAAUUUCAGACUUCGGUUACGCUCGAGGAUUAAUCCCAUUUCAGUGAAUCAAGCGGAUCGAUACUCAGCUUAUCGCGAACAGGAAUCAUUCAUUAACGGUCGGAGCUUCCGGAAUCUUUCACGUGUGACUCUGAACGAAUAAUUGCACUUGUCAGUCGCUAGGAUAUACGUAUCCUGCCACUCGUUUGGGGCGCAAAGUGUUAGACUGUCUUCUUGUUGUAGGUUUUUCUGUAGAAGUUGCCGAACAGAUACAGGAAGAUCACCAUGUUCGUGAUGAAGAAAUACGUGAGGGACUUCGACACCUUGCAGUCCAUCGCGAGCAGCAUGCACAGGUAGGUCAGCACUAUGAGGAAUUGAACCUGUGUGCGAGAAAUCAUGGAUUGAGUGGUUUUCUUCUAUUGUUUAGCCCUUUGCACUCGAAAUUUUUGUAUUGGAAAUAUUCAAGAUUUCACGACGAGGUAGAAACGACGUUGUUUGAACCUGAUCUAAUGAUAAUUCACAGAUAAAUUGAGCAACAAAGAUAUUUUAAAUAUUUCACGUAACAACAGCGAAUGAUGACAGAGUCACCUCUCGAGUGCAAAGGGUCAAUACUAUAAGUAAUAAUAAUAGACUUAAUACUACUCUUAAUACCGACGACUAAUUAGUCUUCCUCACUCGAGUCGUAAUCAUUGAUCUACUACUUUGCUAUUCGACUAGGUCUAAUUAUACUACUUCGAUCAUCGUUAACACGUUAAGCAUGUCAGUCACUGGUGACUGACGCUUCUAAAUGACUAGAAAACAAUCGUAACACACAUGAUAACCGAUGUGAAAUGAGAAUGUUCAAUAAUGUAACUAAGUUAAUAAUAGUGUAACGCAAACAUUGUAACGUCAGGUAAUUAAUAAUCGUUCCCGCUUUUCUUUGUUACAAAAGACAAACUUUAUAGGAAAACGCUUAAGAUUUUCGUGGCGCUUAACGUGUUAAACGGAGUAAUAUUAUUAGGACGUUGAUUACCAGCUGGAUCACGGUCAAAUACUUCUUCCACCACAAGUAUUUCUUGUACUGCGGCCCCAUCGCCGCGAGCAGGUAAUACGUGUACAUGACGACGUGCACGAAAGUGUUCAGCAAACCGACGAUAGCGCCUUGCUCGCUCGGCAUGAAUCGAACGUAGAACCACGACAACGUCGCUGUCAUCGAAUGAUGAUAUACGUGCAGGAAGGAGAUCUGAUUCUGCUUCUUCCGGAGCACGAAGAAAACCUUCGGCAGAGAAAUUCAGGGAAAUUCAGGAACGAUCGUACAGAAAUACCGCUGACGCGGAAUAAUAACGAAUCGAAUGAUUCGAGCGUUGAACGUUAUUCGAAAUAUUCAACUCACCGUGUCCAGGAGCUCCAUUAUCUUCGCGGUGAAGUACCACCAACCGUUUCUCGUCAACUGAUCAAGGAAAACGCAUUUGUUCGAUAUGGUAAAUUAUGUUUUUCAGUGUUCGUUCGAUACGGUAAACUAUGUUUUACUCGUUCGAAUGAGAUAAUCAACUUACCGAGGAUUGCGUGGCCGGGUCGGUGGAUUUGCUGUCCACGUCACACUUCGGCGAGACGAUCGCUCUUAUUAUGUUCAUGUCCACUAACUGAAAGUAAAGCGUUACGGUUUAGACGUUAUGCGGAAGAUAGUGUGAUUAACACUAGAACUAUGGUACUAGUCGAAAUGACUGGUUUCGAUUUGUUUGUUUCGCAAUUAUUUAUGUCUUCGAAGCAUUGAAUACUCGAAAUGAUUUUGAAAAUA